UAAUAAUACCUAAGCGUGAAUCCACUUUACAUUUAAUUUGCUCUCGUUUUGUGAAGUGAGAACCUCCAAUCUAGUGCACUCUUUCGAUAUGAUUCUAAAACUUAGUAUUCUAUCCAUCGCUUUGGUACUUUGUCUUCAAAGCGUAGAUGCAGGAAAUAAUGUCUUGUGUUACUAUGGCUCGUGGGGAGCAAGUCGUCCAGGUAAUGGAAGCAUCUAUGCCAGGGAUAUUCCAGCGAAAUUAUGUACGCAUAUCUUUUACGCCUUCCUGGGAUUGCAUGAGAAUGGAACAAUGAAAAUUGCAAACUAUACUCUGGACAUUGAGGAAGGCAAUCUCAGAGCCCUUAGCGACUUGAAAAAGAUCAAUCCCAAUUUGAAGACCAUUUUCAGCAUCGGCGGUGCCGCAGAUAACACUGGCGAUAUUGGAUUGAUCGCUGAUGAUCCAACCAAGUUGGAGAAUAUGGCUCAGAGCGCUAUCGACUUCUGUAAAGAAUACAACUACGAUGGAAUCGACGUAGACUGGGAAUAUCCGAAUAAAAAUGAAACAUUCAUCACCUUACUGAAACAUCUGAAGGAAAGGUUGGAACCUCACGGAUUACUAUUGACUGCCGCAGUCGACCAGCUUCCUUUCAAUGCGCCUUAUGACGUAGCCAACAUGACCAAAUACUUGGAUAUCAUAAAUGUGAUGUCGUACGACUUCCACAGUCCUUACUACCAAACUGGUCAGAACUCCCCUUUAUACUCAACCCCAUUGGAAGGAGAAUGGCAAAGGGAUAAUUUGAACGCGAAUUCCAGCAUGGUCCACUGGAUCGAGUAUGGAGCGCAGAGAGAAAAGGUGGUCAUGGGUUGUGGUUUUUACGGAAAAGCCAUGAUACUCGAAGACCCGAACAAUCACGGUUUGAUGGCACCUGUUAAGACUGCAAAUAAUCCCGGACCGUACACUGAUAAUAUUGGAACUCUAGGAUAUAAUGAGCUUUGUGAUUUCCACAUGAAAAAGGCUACUGUUGUCUGGGACGAUGAUCAAAAAGUUCCUUACUUAUAUGAAGGUGAUUUAUGGGUAGGAUACGAUGACGAAAGAUCUGUUGCAUUAAAGGCACAAUAUGUGAAAGAUAAUAACCUUUUCGGACUGAUGAUGUGGUCUGUAGAAACUGAUGAUGCUCACGGAAACUGCGGAAAUGGAAAAUGGCCCCUAUUGAAUUCAAUCAACAAAGUCAUGAAAAACGGUUCCUAACUAAACACUAUAUACCUAUGAUUUUACCGAUGUUAGUAAACAAACGAAAUUAAAAUUUGUUGAAUAAAUAACUGACUUUUGA